AUGGAGUACCUACCCGGUUCGCAUCAUUUUCUAUUCGGCUCUGCUGUGGUAUGGCUGGAGGAACGGAAGCAACCAUCUGCGAAUGCAGCAAUAGCCUCUGCUCGGCGUGAUGCAAACCGGGUCAUCGACAGCGUCAUCAACAACCUGAACAACCUCAUGAACGAGAACCGACCACGCAGCAGGUCCUCUGAAACUCCCGCAGCCAAGUCACCUUUCCUGCAAACCGCCGAAGAAAAAACAGCAGGAUAUCCGACGGCAAGAACCGCAUCAUUCCAUGGCACUGCUUCUGAACAGUAA